AGUUCGGGGCCUCUCCCCGCCGCGGGGUGGCCGAGGCGCUGCCUGCGUGCGGGGCGGCCCGGCGGCGCUCCGAGGAUCGGCCUCGACCCCCACGGCGGCCACCGGCGCCCCGGCGGCCUCCACCGCCGCCCUCCGGAAGGGGCCGUUCUCCGCCGUUGAGCGGCCGGAGGGAGAGCGGCGGGACAGGCACCGCGACGGGCAGCCCCGGGGACGGCGGGACCGGGGGGCGGCGGUGGCGGACGGGGGCUCGAGCGGGGCCCGGCGGGUGAGGGGCGGGCGGGGAGCGGGCCGCGCGCGGCCGGGGCGGAGGAUGAGGACGAUGAGGAGGGGCCGCGUCUCCAUCCCGGCCGCGCUGUGUGUGGCCGCGGCUGUGGCCGCUCUUCUGCCCGCGGUGAGCGGCCGGCGGAGUCAGGACCUGCACUGCGGAGCGUGCCGGGCGCUGGUGGACGAGCUGGAGUGGGAGAUCGCCCAGGUCGACCCCCGGAAAACCAUCCAGAUGGGUUCGUUCCGCAUCAACCCCGACGGCAGCCAAUCGGUGGUGGAGGUGCCGUACGCCCGCUCGGAGGCGCACCUGACGGAGCUGCUGGAGCGCAUCUGCGAGAAGAUGAAGGAGUACGGCGAGAAGGCGGACCCGACCACGCAGCGGAAGAGCUACGUGAGGGUCAUCUCCCACGACGGGACCAAACUGGACCUGUCCGGGGUCAAAAUCGACGGCGACGUGGCCUCCAGCCUCAAGUUUGCGUGUGAGAGCAUCGCUGAGGAGUACGAGGAUGAGCUCAUUGAGUUCCUGUCCCACGAGGCCGACAACGUCAAGGACCGGCUGUGCAGCAAGAGGACGGAUCUGUGUGACCACGCGCUGCACCUCCCGCAUGAUGAGCUGUGACGCCGCCGGCCCCGGGCUGCGCCGACCCCCCACCAACACCACGCUGCCCCACAGCCUCGGCCCCAUCCCCACUGUGGGCGGGGGGAUUCUGGGUUCUCCCGUCCUAUUUAUUCGCUGUCCAUCUGCUGCCAUGCGGGCAGGGAUGCGUCCUUUGGUUGGGGCCGUUCCGGUGGCUGAUGUGUGGCUCCAGGCUCUCUCUGCUGCUGCCUGGGGCUGCUAUAGGGACAGCGGUGCUGCUGGGGGUCUGUUGGGCACCCGGGGCCCAAUCCAGGAGGCAAUAAACGGGGCCCAAUGUGG